AAUGCUCUUGAGACAUUUCUUGUUUGGAAAUGUCCCUUUAAUUGUAAUUAAACCGCAAACCUGAUGUCACAUUAUAUGUACAUGUAGAUGUUAUAACGUGUGAACAACUGAGGCUCUUAUUGUGAAGAGUUGUUUGACCGUGGCAGGCGUUUCGUCACUGUGUCCAGCUUCACGACGCCUGAAUCAAUGCGUGCAGCUUGUUAGCCGUAAAACCGCGAACAUGGGGAGCAGUUUUUGUUUGUUCGUGUGUUUGUUGGUCGUUGAGCUUCAGCUAUGAACCAUGCAAAUAAACUACCCCCCCCGCUAUGAGUCCAAAUAACGACAGUGUGGUGAGAUUGCAUCACUGACUGGGUGAUGUCCGCCCAGCCUCUGCAGCAGUCCAGGGAGGAUUCAGCAGCCUGCUAACUGAGCCCGCCCGGCUAGCUGAUGCUGAUGACUGGCUGUUUCCUGACAUUGAUUUGCAGUGGGAGGCACCAUGGCCGGUAAGGUGAAGUGGGUGACAGAUAUUGAGAAAUCAGUGCUCAUCAACAACUUUGAGAAGAGGGAAUGGAUUCAAGUCACAGAAAACGAGGACUGGAAUUUCUACUGGAUGAGCAUCCAGACCAUCAGAAAUGUCUUCAGCGUGGACACCGGCUACCGCCUGUCAGAUGACCAGAUGGUUAACCACUUCCCCAACCACUACGAGCUGACCAGGAAGGACCUGAUGAUCAAGAACAUCAAACGCUACCGCAAGGAUCUGGAGAAGGAAGGGAGUCCGCUGGCAGAGAAGGACGAGAACGGGAAAUACAUUUAUUUAGAUUUUGUCCCCGUGACGUUCAUGCUCCCCGCCGACUAUAAUCUCUUUGUGGAGGAGUACCGCAAGAACCCAUCCAGCACUUGGAUCAUGAAGCCCUGCGGGAAGGCUCAGGGCAAAGGCAUCUUCCUCAUCAACAAGCUGUCCCAGAUCAAAAAGUGGUCCAGAGACAGUCGCACCUCAACGUUUGUAGCAGCAUCUAGUGGCAAAGAGGCUUACGUCAUCUCCCUGUACAUCGACAACCCCCUGCUGAUCGGAGGGAAGAAGUUUGACCUGCGUCUCUACGUUCUGGUGACCACAUAUCGGCCUCUGAAAUGCUACAUGUACAAGCUUGGCUUCUGUAGGUUCUGCACAGUCAAGUACACACCCAGCACCAGUGAACUGGACAACAUGUUUGUUCACCUCACUAAUGUGGCCAUCCAAAAACAUGGGGGCGGCGUCUACUUUAAUCUACCCGAAAGGUAG